ACCAAAACAAAAAAAAACUAAGUAACGUCUUUCACUGAUUCAUCAUCGAGGACUUCAAACUAUCAAACUUCUUCUUCUCCACUCUAUAAAUUCACAGAUUUUCUGACUUUUCUACAAUCACUCAACUUCUCUCUCACUCCUAAAUUUUUCUUUAAUUCUCUCUCUCUCUCUCUCUCUCUCUCUCUCUCUCUCUAUCUUCCGCCAAGCUACAGAGCUCGCAGCAACAACAGACAGGAUGUUGGAAAAAAAGGUUGAGACUUUCAACAUGAACAGAGUCAUCGACGAGUUCGAUGAAAUGACGAGAAACGCUGAUCAAGUCCAGAAGCAAACCUUGAAAGAGAUUCUCCACAAGAACAAAUCCGCCAUUUACUUACGUAACUUUGGGAUCGAUGGAGGAGACACCACAGACCCGGAAGAAGAUUUCAAAGCAUUGGUUCCAUUAGUCACUGAUUUUGAGUUAGAGCCUUACAUCAAAAGAAUGGUCGAUGGUGACACUUCACCUAUUCUCACUGGCCAUCCCGUUCCAGCCAUCUCCUUAAGCUCUGGAACUAGUCAAGGCCGUCCAAAGUUUGUUCCUUUCACUGAUGAGUUAAUGGAGAACACACUACAACUCUUUCGUACUGCUUUUGCCUUCAGAAACAGAGAGUUCCCUAUUGAUGACAAUGGGAGGGCUUUGCAGUUUAUCUUCAGCAGCAAGCAAUACAUAUCAACAGGAGGUGUCCCUAUUGGAACAGCAACCACAAACGUGUACCGUAACCCCAACUUCAAAGCCGGGAUGAGAUCAAUACAGUCCCUUUGCUGUAGUCCCGACGAAGUUAUCUUCAGUCCUGAUGUUCAUCAAGCACUGUACUGCCAUCUCUUGUCCGGAAUCCUCUUCAGAGACCAGGUCCAAUACGUCUUUGCCCCCUUCGCUCACGGUCUAGUCCACGCCUUUAGGACUUUUGAACAGGUCUGGGAAGAGAUCGUUACCAAUAUAAAACACGGUCUCUUGAGCAGCCGUAUCACCGUCCCGUCGGUCCGCACCGCAAUGUCGAAGCUCCUUGCAGUUCCUAACCCUGAGCUAGCGGAGACCAUACGCAACAAGUGUUUGAGUUUGAGCAACUGGUACGGGCUGAUUCCUGCGCUGUUCCCAAACGCGAAGUAUGUUUACGGGAUCAUGACUGGCUCCAUGGAGCCAUAUGUGAAGAAGCUGAGGCAUUAUGCUGGUGAUCUGCCUCUUGUGAGUCAUGACUACGGUAGCUCGGAGGGGUGGAUUGCUGCUAACGUUACACCGAGAUUGUCUCCAGAGGAAGCUACAUUUGCUGUGAUUCCUAAUCUUGGUUACUUUGAGUUUCUCCCUAUGUCUGAAACAGGGGAAGGAGAGCAGGAGCCGGUUGGUUUAACUGAGGUUAAAAUCGGACAAGAGUGUGAGGUUGUCAUCACAAACUACGCAGGAUUGUAUCGAUACCGGCUUGGAGAUGUAGUAAAGAUCAUUGGUUUCUACAACAAGACUCCGCAACUCAAGUUCAUAUGCAGGAGAAACCUGAUACUCUCCAUCAACAUCGACAAGAAUACUGAAAGAGACCUUCAGCUUUCAGUAGAAUCAGCAGCAAAGAGACUCUCAGAAGAAAAGAUCGAAGUCAUAGACUUCUCAAGCCAUGUGGAUCUCUCGACAGAGCCAGGACAUUACAUUAUAUUCUGGGAGAUCUCAGGUGAGACAAACGAAGAUGUUCUUCAAGACUGCUGCAACUGUCUAGACAAAGGGUUCAUCGAUGCUGGCUAUAUGAGUUCUCGAAAAUGCAAGACUAUUGGAGCUUUGGAGCUGAGAGUUCUUGAGAAAGGAACUUUCAAGAAGGUUCAAGAACAUUUUCUUGGACUUGGAUCAUCGGCUGGACAGUUUAAGAUGCCAAGAUGUGUGAAGCCAAGUAAUGCCAAGGUUCUGCAGAUUCUGUGUGAGAAUGUGGUGUGUAGGUUCUUCAGUACAGCUUUUGAGUGAGUGUUGUGAAAUCAAGAAAAGUUGUUUGUUAUCUUUAUUGUUGAUAGAUAAGUUUUACUUUUGUUAUUAAAUUCAGUGUAAGGAACAAAAAAAACCUUUUUAUCUUUAUGUAGAAGAAAUAUGUAUUAAUCACCGUGGUUUUACUUUGCA